AGUCAUCAACCGUACUUCAAACAUAUUUCUACUGUAGGCUGCGCAUGUUCACUAUUCUUUCUGUUGCUUACUUGUGUGAUAAUCUUGACCUGUUGGAAAAAGUUGAGAGGUUUUCGGGUAACAAUGUUACUGCACUUGGUUGCUGCCAUUUCUGUAUCUUGUCUUUUGAUUAUUCUGGCUGGAGAAGCAGGAAGACCUAAGGAGUCAGUCUGCACCACAACUGCAGUGUUACUCCAUUAUUUCCUACUCUCUGUGUUUUUCUGGAUGUUGUGUCAUGGUGUUAUCUUGUACUUCCUAAUAUUAAAGGCCGAACGGCAAGAAAUUCUGACAUCGAAAAAGAAAUGGUUUUACGCUCUAGGAUGGGGUGCUCCAAUUCCUAUAGUGGCCAUCUCUCUGGCAGUAAGUGGAACCAAGUCUUAUGCAGCGAACAACUGUUGGCUUACAGCAGAACGUUGGCUCAUUUAUUGGGCGUUUGUUGCUCCAGUUGCCGUGAUCUUAGUUAGCAACUCAGUUCUGUUAAUGUUUUUACUGCGUCGGAUAAUGACAGCCACAAAGGCCAAAAACAACAGGACACCUGCCAAGCACGUGAAGGAUUGGUUGAGACGCUUUGCAAUGUUGCUGCCAAUUCUGGGUGUUACGUGGUGUUUUGGCUUCCUCACGUUCAUUACAUCUACGGUUGUGUUUCAUUAUAUUUUCACCAUCCUCAAUGCAUUCCAAGGAGUUUUCAUAUUUGUGAGCUUCUGCAUUUUAGACGAUUCGGUUAAAGAAUACAUAAUGAUUAUUGUGUGUAAGAAGAAAAUCACGAAGAAAGACAUAGCUACAACAGAUCAUUAGACUAGAAGAAGGAAAAACUGAUGUUCAAGAAUAAAUAAAGGUUUACAUGUGAUAAAAAGAGACACAUGGGACAUUUCAGCUGGAGUAGCUUACACAUGUAGUACCGCUACACAGUCUACCGUCAGAUGUAAUUUUUUCCAUUUUGAUGGUUCUACUUUUGCUUUGUUUUGUUUAUUUUGUAUAUUUGUGUCAGCGUAAGCAUUAAUAAAUUGUAACAUUUCCUGACACCGACUAAGCUACAUCCUAGGCCAACUGAGUUUUGAACACUGUGUUCAAUUUUAUGGUAAUUGUCUAAAAAAAGGUUACUUUUUCUGCUAAUUAAUGUAGCGGUAGGCGAUAAUUUAAUCGAUUUCUAAACGGAGUAACGGCAACAAGGUAAUCGGAGUGCAUUGGCUUUCAUAGCACUUUCCAGAGGCAAGAGACCAAAAAAGGUGUAAAGCAAAUCAAGGGACAUAUCUCUCGUGGACAAGGAAAAUUAUAGCAUAAUUAUAUUAUAUUAUAGC